AAAAAAAAAAUUGGCCUUUUCACAAGAUGGCGCUGAAAGCGAAGAAGGAAGCUCCUGCCUCUCCUAAAGCCGAAGCCAAAGCGAAGGCUUUAAAGGCCAAGAAGGCAGCGUUGAAAGGUGUCCACAGCCACAUAAAAAAGAAGACCCGCACGUCACUCACCUUCCAGCGGCCCAAGACACUGCGACGCCGGAGGCGGCCUGAAUAUCCCUGGAAGAGCGCCCCCAGGAGAAACAAGCUUGGCCACUACGCUGUCAUCAAGUUUCCGCUGACCACGGAGUCGGCCGUGAAGAGGACAGAAGAAAACAACACGCUUUUGUUCACUGUGGAUGUUAAAGCCAACAAGCACCAGAUCAAACAGGCUGUGAAGAGGCUCUAUGACGGUGAUGUGGCCGAGGUCACCACCCUGAUUCCGCCUGAUGGAGAGAAGAAGGCAUGUGUUCGACUGGCUCCUGAUUAUGAUGCGUUGGAUGUUGCCAACAAAAUUGGGAUCAUCUAAACUGAGUCCAGCUGCCUAAUUCUAAAUAUAUAUAUAUAUAUC